CUUGAUGGAUACCCGGACGGCGACAGCUGAGCUGGGCUGGACUGCGAACCCGCCUUCGGGGUGGGAAGAAGUCAGUGGCUACGACGAAAACCUGAACACCAUCCGUACAUACCAGGUGUGCAAUGUCUUCGAGCCGAACCAGAACAACUGGCUCCUCACCACCUUCAUCAACCGGCGCGGCGCUCACCGCAUUUACACCGAGAUGCGCUUCACUGUGCGAGACUGCAGCAGCCUCCCCAACGUUCCUGGCUCCUGCAAGGAGACCUUCAACCUCUACUACUACGAGACGGACUCUGUCAUUGCCACCAAGAAGUCAGCCUUCUGGACGGAGGCACCCUACCUCAAAGUGGACACCAUUGCUGCUGACGAGAGCUUCUCGCAGGUGGACUUUGGGGGCCGGUUGAUGAAGGUGAACACAGAAGUGAGAAGUUUUGGGCCCCUGACCCGCAAUGGCUUUUACCUGGCUUUCCAGGACUAUGGGGCUUGUAUGUCUCUGUUGUCAGUCAGGGUCUUCUUCAAGAAGUGCCCUAGCGUGGUGCAGAACUUUGCCAUCUUCCCAGAGACUAUGACAGGAGCAGAGAGCACCUCGCUGGUGACUGCCCGGGGCACCUGCAUCCCCAACGCUGAGGAAGUGGAUGUGCCCAUUAAACUGUACUGUAACGGGGACGGGGAAUGGAUGGUUCCCAUUGGCCGCUGCACUUGUAAGGCUGGUUACGAGCCGGAGAACAACGUGGCUUGCAAAGCCUGCCCCGCGGGGACGUUCAAGGCCAGCCAGGGCGCGGGGACCUGUGCGCAGUGUCCCGCCAACAGCCGCUCCACGUCCGAGGCCUCUCCAGUCUGCACGUGCCGCAACGGCUACUACCCGGCCGGCUUUUGCCUGCCGGGGGCGCACCAAGCCGCCUGCACCAGUGUCCCGUCCGGGCCCCGCAACGUGAUCUCCAUCGUCAAUGAGACGUCCAUCAUCCUGGAGUGGCACCCGCCGCGAGAGACAGGGGGCCGGGAUGAUGUGACCUACAACAUCGUGUGCAAGAAGUGCCGGUCCGACCGGCGCGCCUGCUCCCGCUGCGAUGACAACGUGGAGUUCGUACCCAGGCAGCUGGGCCUAACAGAAACCCGAGUCUUCAUCAGCAGUCUCUGGGCGCACACGCCGUACACCUUUGAGAUCCAGGCUGUGAACGGGGUUUCGAACAAGAGCCCCUUCCCGCCGCAGCACGUCUCCGUGAACAUCACCACCAACCAAGCCGCGCCUUCCACCGUGCCCAUCAUGCACCAGGUGAGUGCCACCAUGAGGAGCAUCACGCUGUCGUGGCCCCAGCCGGAGCAGCCCAACGGCAUCAUCCUGGACUACGAGAUCCGCUACUACGAGAAGGUGAGCCGGAUCUGCACGCCCGACCUCAGCAGCACCGUGGGCUCGAGACCAGCAACGGACCACAACGAGUACAACUCCUCCAUGGCCCGGAGUCAGACCAACACGGCGCGCAUCGACGGCCUGCGGCCCGGCAUGGUCUACGUGGUGCAGGUGCGCGCCCGCACCGUGGCCGGCUACGGGAAGUACAGCGGGAAGAUGUGCUUCCAGACGCUGACGGACGAUGACUACAAGUCCGAGCUGAGAGAGCAGUUGCCUUUGAUCGCGGGGUCCGCUGCCGCCGGCGUGGUCUUCAUCGUCUCGCUGGUGGCCAUUUCGAUCGUGUGCAGCAGGUGCCUGUUUCACGCUCGGGCUCGAGUUUCUCGGGCCGAUGAGCUUCAGCACUUUGUCUCCGGUCACCGGUCUCCAGGGAUGAAGAUCUACAUCGACCCCUUCACUUAUGAGGACCCCAACGAGGCUGUCCGUGAGUUUGCCAAGGAGAUUGAUGUAUCCUUUGUGAAGAUAGAAGAAGUCAUUGGAGCAGGGGAGUUUGGAGAAGUAUAUAAAGGACGUCUGAAACUGCCCGGCAAGCGGGAGAUCUACGUGGCCAUCAAAACAUUAAAGGCUGGCUACUCGGAGAAGCAGCGGAGGGAUUUCCUGAGCGAGGCCAGCAUCAUGGGGCAGUUUGACCACCCAAACAUCAUUCGGCUGGAAGGGGUGGUGACCAAAAGCCGGCCUGUCAUGAUCAUCACAGAAUUCAUGGAAAACGGGGCCCUGGACUCUUUCCUGCGGCAAAACGAUGGGCAAUUCACAGUAAUCCAGCUGGUGGGGAUGCUCAGGGGAAUUGCUGCUGGCAUGAAGUACCUUGCAGAGAUGAAUUAUGUUCACCGCGAUCUGGCUGCCAGGAACAUUCUGGUUAACAGUAACCUGGUGUGCAAAGUGUCAGACUUCGGCCUCUCGCGCUACCUGCAAGAUGAUACGUCCGACCCCACCUACACGAGCUCGUUGGGUGGGAAGAUCCCCGUGAGGUGGACCGCCCCGGAAGCCAUCGCUUACCGCAAGUUCACCUCGGCCAGCGACGUCUGGAGUUACGGCAUUGUCAUGUGGGAGGUGAUGUCCUUUGGCGAGAGGCCGUACUGGGACAUGUCCAACCAAGAUGUUAUCAACGCCAUCGAGCAGGAUUACCGGCUGCCACCCCCCAUGGACUGUCCUGCUGCUCUGCACCAGCUGAUGCUGGACUGCUGGCAGAAAGACCGCAACACCCGGCCCCGUUUCACCGAGAUAGUCAACACCCUCGACAAAAUGAUCCGCAACCCGGCAAGCCUCAAAACUGUGGCUACCAUCACCGCUGUGCCUUCUCAGCCACUCUUGGACCGCUCCAUCCCUGAUUUCACUGCCUUUACCUCAGUAGAAGAUUGGCUAAGCGCCAUUAAAAUGAGCCAGUACAGAGAUAACUUCUUGACAGCUGGCUUCACCUCCCUCCAGCUCGUUGCCCAGAUGACGUCAGAAGAUCUCCUGAGAAUAGGGGUAACUUUAGCUGGACACCAGAAGAAGAUCCUGAACAGCGUCCAGUCUAUGAGAGUACAGAUGAGUCAGUCUCCGACCUCAAUGGCAUGACGUCUCUGACUUGAUGGGGAGGGGACAGGAAGGGGAGCAAUGGAGGGUCAGAGGUGGGAGGGGAGGAACUGACAGAAGAAGCAGUGAAACAUUUGGAGAGACUGAAUCAUUGUCUGAGAACUGUACCUGCAGACAAAGGAGAUACCUGGGACUCAUUUCUAACUGGUGACUUCCAUUUCUCACCAACAGAAGCACACUUACCAAUGUCAUGGGGAACAGCAUAUAAAUACAUAUAAAUAUGUACAAAUCAUAUAUUUAAAAAAAACAUGCAAUGAAGACAAACCAAUAUGUGUUGGGGGAAAAAAACGCAACCCCUAGGAAGCAGACUCCAAUCCUACCACCAGUGAGCAGUAGUCAAAACUGAUAAGGAAGAAGGGGCUGUUGGGGAAGGGAGAGGCACAAGAAUUGAGUUUCCAGUCCAGAGAAACCACCUUCAGCAACGAUAUUCCUUUUCUUUUCUUCUUUUGCUCUCCUUCCCUCCCCCCGGCCCUUCCUGCCUCACCCUGGUCCUUUUCUCUGCUCAUGAACUGUGUGGAAGUGUCUUCAGAAGUCUCCACAGCUACCUACUGUCAUAUCCAGAUGUCGUUCUGUCAACUACCAAAGGACUUCACUGAACACUGCAUGGGGGAUCCAAAUCAAUCCAGUUAAUGUCUUCAUAUUGAAGAAGAGAUGUACCUUCAAUAGAAAACCUUGUUUUUCUUUUGCUUGCAUUUUUUUGCAAAAAGGAAAAAAAAAAAUCCAUCAUGGAAAACA